AUGGCUACCGAGUCUCCUCACGACGGUUCUAGUCCGAUGGAGGCUUCUCCCGACUACGAGCCUGACCCCAAUCAUGACUCCUCCAACACGCCCGCCAAUUCCACCCCUCGCGAUGCUCCCGGCGCUGCCAUUGCGGGGUCCAUGCCCGGUAUCAGCCACUCGGCCUCGGGCGCCACGGUCAUUGAUCCCAGCGUUGAGCCCUCUUCGACCCUGAACCCGAGGUCCUGUGUUACCUGCAGACGGAGGAAGGUUCGCUGUGAUAAGCAUAUGCCCUGUGGAAACUGCCGCAAAGCCCGCAUCUCCUGCAUCUUUCCAGCGCCCGGCAGGGCCCCACGCCGCCCGCGACCCAGGGACCCCAAUGCACCGCCAAAGCAGACGAGUGAGCGAGAGGUUGAGUUGGUCAAGCGUCUGAGAAAGCUCGAGGGUAUAGUGGAGGAGCUGAGCGGGCAGAUUGAGGUUGAGGCGCGACACCCUUCCAGCGCUGGCGAGUCUCCCGAGGAAUCUGGUCAUGAUGCGGAACGGAGACGCCAGGACUCUGGCGGCGUUUUAUCUCCACAUUCUCUUCAAUUGUCGGGAUACCCAACAGUAUCUGCGGCUCCCGGCCGUCUUAUAACGUCGGGCAAUUCCAGCUGGGGACCGUUGCAGAGCCCAACCAUGGGCGUUAACAAGCACUUUGGCCGGCUUGUCUUGAAUGACAAGGGCAAGACUCGCUAUGUCAGCAAUGCUUUCUGGUCAAAAAUGAACGACGAGCUUGCGCAGCUGAGAGCCGAGACCCAAAAACUAACCGACGAGGAAACUCUCAACUCUGAAGACGACGGCAGCACCCCUGAUGUAGACCACCCACAGAAUGAGCUCUUGACCGACCACCACGCUUUUGUACUUGGCUACAGGUCGUCUGAUGUUGACUUGCGCAAAUUGCAUCCCCUGCCGUCCCAGAUUCCCUUUAUUUGGCAGGUUUAUGUCGAGAAUGUGGAUCCAUUGGUAAAAAUACUUCAUGUUCCUACAAUGAACCCAAUCAUCAGAAAAAUACGAAGUGACAUGGACAACCUACCGGCUGGGUUAGAGGCUUUGAUGUUCUCUAUAUACUAUGCAGCGAUUACUUCACUGGAAGAUGAUGAGGUCAAGACAAAUUUUGGUGCGGAAAAGUCCCACCUGAUAAGACAGUUUCGAUACGGCACAGAACAGGCUCUCGCGAAAGCCAACUUUCUCAACACAUCAGACCUUGUCGUCAUCCAGGCAUUUGCACUCUUUUUAGUCUUGGUCCGCCGUUAUGAUGACAGCCGUUUCUCAUGGACCCUCACUGGUCUCCUCAUUCGGAUCAGCCAAUCUAUCGGCACACAUCGAGAAGGCACGCACUUUGCCAAUCUCAAGCCUUUCGAGAUUGAAAUGCGGCGUCGGCUUUGGUGGGCCAUCUGUAUUCUGGAUUUGCGGUCAGCCGAGGAUCAGGGGACAGAGUUGACAAUUGCCGAGCACACCUUCGAUACGCAAUUCCCAUUGAAUAUCAACGAUAGCGACAUCAGUCCCGAUAUGACGGACUUUCCUAAGGAACGAGUUGGGGCUACAGACAUGACGUUUUCCCUGAUCCGAUACGAAAUCUGCAGCCUCGCUCGAAGAUUGCAUGCUGCCAGUAAUCCAAUGAACCCAUGCCCCAGGGACACACAGCUGUCAUUGGAACAGCGCGAGCAGAUGCUCCUCGAAAUGUAUGGAAGAGUGGAGGAUCGUUAUUUGAAACCUUGCAACGACCAAGAUGGUGACCUACUCCACUGGGUUGCUGCUGCUAUCGCACGCCUGAUCAUGGCCAAAAUGAGUCUGAUCAUUUAUCAACCAAUCCUAUUUCCCGCCAAUGGAGAGGACAUUUCACAAGAAGUACGCGACAGGAUAUUCCUCUCCUCUACCGAAGUCGUAGAAUACAACCGCCUGCUCAACACGGAGCCAAAGUGCAAGCAGUAUCGCUGGCUAUUCCAAACCUAUACCCAAUGGCAUGCAGUGGCCUACCUCCUGCUAGAAGUCUGUCGCCGCCCAUGGUCCAGCUCAGUAGAAAGAGCCUGGCUGGCCUUGAGCAACUCCUUCAGCGACACGGACCCGGAUGAAUUCCAGAAGCUUGCCCAGCACAAGGGCGUAUGGUUACCCCUAAAGAGACUCUUGCUCAAGGCCGGGCGCCAUCGGGACGAAGAAUUGGCCCGGCUGCAAGCAGAUCCCGAGGUGGCCCAGCAACUUGAGGACAGUUCUUACAAGACACCAUCGGCAACGUUUUCCAACCUUCCCAGUACAGUGCGAGAGACAAUCGCGCAAGACCGCUGGCGUAAGUUGGUUGGUCUGCCAGUCCCAGAACGAAAACCCCAUGGCUUUUGCUUCAACAAAGAUGUUCCUACAUCAAAUACUCAAACUCAGGCACUGCCCGAGGCCCAGCAGAAUGGUCAACCGCAACCCAAUGCCCAGCAACCUAAUUUCACGCAAACAGAUCUCGAUUAUAUAAGUGGCGUUAUGACACAGCCAGAGUUUAACCCAGCUGACUUUUGGUCCGUGGCGUUUACCGAAGGCUCGGCGAAUAUCGCUAGGCAAGCAAUAUUUGGCAAUGGCAUACAGACAGGCACCUUGCCAACGCCUCAGCAGCCACAACCACAAUCAGCGCCGUUAAUGCCACCGGCGUUAACAAGCAACGGUAGCCCCAUCACAAGCAAAGGUGGAAUCGCGUUUCCCCGCGACAGCUCGUCUACUCCUGGCAAUAUGAUUACACCUCAAACGGCGGGAAAUACCCCAAUUAAUCAACCUGCUGUGCUGUCCCAGGCUACUGGCAUGAUUGAUGACAAUGCCCCACCAUGGUUGUGGCCGAAUGCAUGGAAGUGGAAUGAUACUGAUGCAAACAGCAACAUGCUUGCUAACACACAAGACGUGGACGUCAACAUGGAAGAAGACUUCAACUGGCAAGAUUGGCAGCAGAGUAUUCGUGGGUUUGAGCUAGAUGCUGGUCUUGGGUCAGGAAUGACUGGAGGCGGAUUUUCAGGCGGCGUCUAG